CCGGUGUGGGUUCGGGAGAGCUUCAAUCAGCUGGAGGGCAGGGGCUAUGGGCCCGAGUUCAUGCGUGCCGUCGAAUGGUGGACAGUGCUGGAGCGAACAUAUGGGUGGGAGACUUCGACCAAGGGCCUAGGUACCGACCGCCGCCCCUCCGAAGUAGGCCAUUGGUUGCGCGUUCUUCGGCGCAACCUUGCAAAGCCGCCGCAGAUCAAGAAGGAGAGCCAGUACGCGAUGCUGUGGUGGGAGUGGUGGGCCGGGCUUCAGCCAGCCUGGCGCGAGUGCGACAAUCGCGGAAUCCCAGUCAUUGGGGGUAGCGGCGACUGGAAUGCCUUGAGAGCGCCAGGCAAAAACAGCCUCCUGAUCGUCUUGCUAUCCCUCGCGUGGUGGCGGGAAGCAGCUACUAAUGCAACUAUGCAGCGUUGGACCGCCGCGCUGGCGGACGUCGCCUGGGUC